GGGAAAAGAGCCGACGGCAGGAGUUUCACAGCAGGGCGCUGCGUAUCGGGGGCUGCUCGCCGAGGCCCGAGCGCUCCUUCCAGGGAGGCUUUCACCCCCAUCUGGGCCGCUCGUUAUGUCAGCAGUCUACAUUUUGCGGAUUCGUCCUUUAAUAAUCUGUAAAUCAUUUAAACUGAAGUUCUUUCACCUGUAACAUCGCUGGGCACCGCAACUCCAGUUUUUUCGUAUUUCUUCAUGGCGGGGGUAACGCUACAGAGCGCCGCCCUGCAGGGCUUAGCAGAAGGUGACAUCCUGGACCCUACGUUCCAGCGGCAGCUGGAGGAUGCGCGCACGCAACUCCGCCAGGAGAUCCAGCGGGAGCUGAAGAUAAAGGAGGCAGCAGAGCGGUUGCGGCGGGCUGUGACGAGCAGGAAAAACGCUGCGGACGUGGAGGGCCAGCUCAGGGCUUCCGGCCGCAAGCUGGAGUACCUCCACCGGCAGCUGCAGGAGCUGGAUGCCCGGGCUGUGGUCUCCCAGCCCGACGCUGCGGCAGACAGGCCGAUGUCCCCAAAUUCCUGCCCGUGGGAGGGGAGCUCCUCCCCGCUCUCCAGCCGAGUCCACGCCCUGAAGAAGCAGCUGGCCAUCGAGCUCAAAGUCAGGCAGGGAGCCGAGAACAUCAUCCAGACCUACGCCAGCCGCUCCGUCAAGGACCGGAAGAUGCUAUCGACGGCCCAGCAGAUGCUGCAGGACAGCCGUACGAAGAUUGAGCUGAUCCGCAUGCAGAUCCUGAAGGUGACGCAGGCAGGGGAGCAGGGGCUGAAGGCCAGCGACCCAGGAGGAGGCCCCCAGCACCCGGGCAGUCCUCCGGAGUUGCGGAUCGCCGACUUGAGGCACCACCUCCGCAUCGAGGCUGCUGUGGCCGAGGGUGCCAAGAACGUAGUGAAGCAGCUGGGGGGGCGUCGCCUGCAGGACCGCAGGGUCCUGGCCGAGGCCCAGGACCGGCUGCACGAGUCGUCCCAGAAGCUGGACCUGCUGCGCGCCUCCCUGGAGCAGCGCUUGAGCGAGCUUCCCCCGGAGCACCCCCAGCGCGCCACUGUCAAGGAGGAGCUCUCCAUGGGCCCCUCUCCGUCGGUGGCAUUCCAGCGGGGCCGCGUUUCCUCCUCCCCUUCUUCCUUCCUCAAGCCCGCCUCCCUCACUGGCAGGCUUGAAGUGCGCCUCCUGGGCUGUCAGGACCUGCUGGAGAACGUGCCGGGCCGUAACCGAGUAAGCGGCGUGUCCACGGCGCCGGGAAGCCCCUCCGACAGCAAGUCCCUGAAGAUGCUAACGGGCCUGUCGGGCCGCAGCAUCAACAGCAAGGUCAGCAAGAUGGAUGAGCUCUCCAGUGAGUACCUGCACUGGGUGGGGGCGAGGCUGGGAGUGACCCAUGUUUUUCCCUGAAUGACCUCUGACCGCACCUCCUCCCAGUCCCGGGAGCUGGAGAUCAGCGUGUACUGGAGGGACUGGAGGGAGCUGUGUGCCGUUAAAUUCCUGCGUCUGGAGGACUUCCUGGACAAUCAGCGGCAUGGGAUGUGCGUAAGCAUGGAGCCCCAGGGCGUGCUCUUCACAGAGGUGACCUUUGUCAACCCCGUCAUCGAGAGGCAGUCCAAGCUUCAGAGGCAGAAACGCAUCUUUCCCAAGGAGAAAGGGAAGGACUUUUUGCGUGCUGCACAGAUGAACAUCAACUUCGCCACAUGGGGGCGUCUGAUGAUGAGUAUGCUGCCACCUUGCAGUUCCAUGGCGACGCUGAGCCCCCCGCUGUCGGGCUCCUCUGACCCCGAGGUCACGCCACCUCCCCCAGUGGAGAAGCCUGCUGUGUCGAGCCCCCCAUCUCCGGGGGAGCUUCCGGUGAGGAAGCUGAACUUCAGCGAGGACCGACCACCCAAGCCCCCGCGCCUCCACAUGGGGAAUACCCCUUUGUCACCUUCAGCAAUGACACCUGCACAGUCCAAGGCUUCAGCCCCGAACCACACGGAGGAGCCAGAGGAGGGAAAUGGACCCAAAUCACGGAGCGCCAGAAAGAGGGAGGGCUUGCAAAUGGAGGAUUUCAGGUGCAUCUCUGUCCUGGGAAGGGGACACUUCGGAAAGGUCCUGCUGGCAGAGUAUAAGGAGAACAGAAAGCUGUAUGCCAUUAAAGCACUGAAGAAAGGCGAUAUUGUGACCCGUGAUGAGGUGGACAGCCUGAUGUGCGAGAAGCGGAUCUUCGAGACCAUCAAUGCCUCGCGGCACCCCUUCCUGGUGAACCUGUACGGCUGCUUCCAGACGGCAGAGCAUGUGUGCUUCGUCAUGGAGUACUCCCCUGGCGGAGACCUCAUGAUCCACAUCCACACCAGCAUCUUCUCGGAGCCGCAGGCCCGGUUUUAUGCAGCUUGUGUGUUACUGGGUCUCGAAUUCCUGCACCAAAACAAAAUAGUUUAUCGGGACCUGAAGUUGGACAACUUGCUGAUGGACGCAGAUGGUUUUGUGAGAAUCGCUGACUUUGGGCUCUGCAAGGAAGGGAUGGGCCAUGGAGACCGCACGUCCACCUUCUGCGGCACCCCAGAGUUCCUGGCCCCAGAGGUCCUGACGGAGGACAACUACACCCGUGCUGUGGACUGGUGGGGCAUGGGGGUCCUCCUCUUCGAGAUGCUGGUGGGCGAGUCCCCGUUUCCUGGUGAGGAUGAGGAGGAGGUGUUUGACAGUAUCGUGAAUGACAAAGUGCGAUAUCCCAAGUUCCUCUCCCCGGAGUCUGUCUCCAUCAUGCAGAAGUUGCUGGAGAAGAACGCCGAGAAGAGGCUGGGUGCCGGGGAGCAGGAUGCUGCGGAGGUGAAGAGGCAGCCCUUCUUCCAGGCGAUUAACUGGGAAGCCCUUCUGGCCAAGAAAGUGAAGCCACCGUUUGUGCCGUCCAUCAAGGGGGCCACGGACGUGAGCAACUUCGACGAGGAGUUCACCAGCCUCCGGCCCGUCCUGACGCCCCCGCGGACCCCCUGCACCCUCACGGCCAAGCAGCAGGGGGUCUUCACCGACUUUGACUUCUCAGCGCUCAACUGAGGGCAGUCUCCGGGCACGACCUAGCCGCAGUCCCAGCUGCUAAGCGCUGACCCGUCCCGUGUGUGUACGCGUGCAUGUAUGUGUGCGCAUACCUGCACAAAUCCCUCAACACACCGACUUUAGGUUCUUCCAUACAUCCUGUGCUGUCAGCAUGGGCAGGAGAAGAUGAGGUAUCCGCAGAAAUGGAGGCUGUGGUUGCUACGGGAGGUCUCUGUCCUGUCUCUGUCACUAGAACCUUGGGUCUCUUCACCUUCUUGCCCUGACCGACUAUCAGGGACGGUGGGAUGUUUUUGAGCAUUUGUGCCAAGAACAAAAUGUUUUUCUACACUUUAUUUUUAAUAUUGUAUAUAUCAUUCUCCCAUGAAUCUCCUGGACCAUUUUAAGAUGGCUCUAAGGAAAACACUUUCUGUUCACAUAACCAUAGGUUUGCUUGUUCGCACUGUAUGGCUUUACUUGGGUUGGUUCUCCUCAUGACCCUGAAAUGAAGUCCCAUCACCGCAUGGGAGUCAGAGAGCAGAGCGGAGUCACUCGCCUUCACACAGAAAGCUGAAACAAGCAGGUCUCACCCCUGUACUCUGCCCCAAAGAUGCUCCCUGUAGCUAAAGAGCUUUAAUUAUUUUCAUGUUGCAUUCGUCUUCCUCCUGCUGUAGCUUUUAUCCUGAUAGCUUUGUGGCCAACAAAGGAAUCAGAUGACAGACCAUAAGACCUACAGCGGGAACUGGCCACUGCAGAAUACCAAUUAGCAUCAGUUUAUACCUUGAUGUGUAUGUACUGUAUCUGUGUAUAUAUUAUAUAUAUAAGAAUUCUAUAUUAUAUUUAAGUGAAACGUUAGUUAAGGGUGGGUAUCCGAUUGAAUUAAGAAGUGCCUCUAUCACACUGCUAAGUUGUGCCCAUGGACCGGACCCCAUGCAGACAUGGGACCAUAUGAGAUGAAGGAGACAGCCAUGUGCCACGUGUAAGCCUGCAGACGGCUUUCCACUGGCUCUCGCACGCCGGCGCUGCCAACCCGUGAAGGGGAGGAUGGCUGAAACGCUGGACACUGCCUGUAUUCCCGAGCGUCCCGCCAUGAAGGCCGUCACCCUGAUCACACUGGAAAGCCGCACACCCGGACCGCCAUGCGGCAGCACAGUUUGUCGGGAUGAUUUACUUUUGCACAUCACUCUGACAGCUGCUGACUGUGUAAUGAAUGCAUGUGGUUACCUACUACAACAAUUUAUAGGGAAAGGGAAGGGAGAGAGACUUUCUAAAUCUGAUGAUGAUGAUGAUGAUAUGAUCAAUAUCUCAGACCUGCAUCCUGUGUCCAUUAAUAAAGCUUCUCACUUUGGGA